ACCGCCAGUACACUGAAUGAGGGCUUCUGCUCAUACAAGUCGCAACGAGUGUGCGAAUGGGUUUUGAUUAAAUCCUGAAAGAGACUGCGCUCUUAUCAGUUAUCUGAAACCAAGCGGACUCGUUGGUACCACACACGAUUUUCAGUCACCGGAGUCGCCAUGGACGCUACCGACGAGACUCACCACCACCAUAUGCAAGGUAUGGAGCCGCCGCCGGCCUCUUCCGCCGCGUCGUCGGGGAUGACGAUGCAUCACCGGAUGAUGCACAUGACCUUCUUUUGGGGAACCAACGCUGAGAUUCUGUUCCGUAACUGGCCUGGAGACCGCUCCGGUAUGUACGCCUUGGCCUUGAUCUUCAUUUUCGUGCUUGCUUUUGUCGUCGAGUGGCUUUCGCAUAGCCGAUUGAUUAAGGAAGAUUCUAGCUCCGUAGCGGCUGGAUUGAUCCGGACUCUGAUGCAUACGGUUAGGGUUGGAUUGGCGUAUUUAGUGAUGCUUGCGGUUAUGUCGUUCAAUGUUGGAGUGUUUUUGGUAGCAAUCGGUGGUCAUUGCCUCGGAUUCUUCUUCUUUGGGAGUAGAUUUUUCAAGAAUUCAGGCGCGGCUUCUGCUUAUGUGAAGUUAUAACAGAAGGGAAAUUGAUAAUUUGGAAUGCUUGGAUUCA